AUGGGUCAAGCAAACUGCAGUUGCAAAGGCGUGAGCAAAGAAUGUCUUGUGGUCCUCCAAGGUGAUGACCCUGCUCCUCCACCUAUGCCCAGCGCGCCCAGCUCGCCCAAGGUGGCGCAGCCUGCUUCCGCCUCUCCAGCCUGUCCCGCUCCGGCCGCGGCCGCCCCUGUGGCCCCUGCGGCCACUGCGGCCCCAGCGACCAGAGCCGCCCCUGCGGCCAGUGCCUCUGCGGCUGAGAAGCCGCCCAGUGCCCGGGCAAACAGACGAGCAAGCAUCAUGAGCGACAGCAUCUCUGAGCAGAGUUCCGGUGGCCUGGCAGGCAGAAAGCCUCCAACGCCUCUGUCACUUGAUGGAACUUCUGCCAAAUCCACGCCGCGGAAAGAGAUUGGGUUCACUCCCGGCCUGCGGCAGCCAUCCAAAGCGACGGCUUCAGCUUCUUCCUCAGCAGAGGCAUGGAGCAAAGUACAAGCAAAUGGCAAGAGCGGAAUCAAUCAGGAGAACUUCUCUCAAAAGUUGGCCAUGGAUCCGGACAUGGCGAUGAAGAUCAUGGCCUACAAAGAGCGACAGGAGCGCCGUGGAAAGAAGAAGUUGGGCAUGGCUGCUGAGGAAGCGUACCUCUCACAAGUGCCUGAAGUGGAACGUGACAUUCCCUUUCACUUCAUGUUCGAGGUGAACGGAGAACUCCAUGAGAUUGCGGUCAAGAACGCUUGCGAAAGCGACAACGCCCAAGCCUUGCGGCAGAGUCCGGAGACGUCCCUGGGCAUCGACCGGGUCGCCGAACGCGUCGAACACGCAGAGAACUCACAGAGCUCCAGAAGCUCAGAAAAGGCAGAAAAGGUGCCCUCCAAGACCUAUCGUUCUGGCAGUGCCACCUUCCUACCCUAUGUGAGCUUGUGCGAGAUUCCAAGGGUGGAAACAGCCUCCCUGCAGAUGGCGCGCAGGCCAUCCAAUUCCAAGGUUCGGUUGGCAAAGAUGUCUUUCCGAAUUUUGCCCCAUGGGAAGCUAACAAAAGCAUGCAACAGUGCUUCUGAUGCAGAAAACUGCUGCAUGAUUUUCAUGGUCACCAUUGAUGACACUGUAGACAAGGGUGCUGCGAUCCUCCAGAGACUGGAAGAGAUUGAGAAGAUGAUGCUCCAGAUGACCGAGUCCAUCCCAGCCACCCGGCGACCGGUGCCAGCGAUUUUUCUACUGCACAAGCCGAGGGCUGACGUCAAGUCAUGGCAAAAGGUCUUCGAGGAGUACGAGGCUACCAAAGGCACAACCCUUCGGUAUGGCCCAAUGAGCAUGGAGGAUGGUAAUGCCAUCUACGAGGCCUUUGCGAACUUGGAUCUGACAGGAUGUGAGUAUCGCCAGCUAUUGAGUGCUGAAGUUACAGAGACUUGGUGGGGGAACGUGGAGGUGAAGUAUUGCGGAACAUCGAUGGUUCUGACCAGCUCGGCGUCCCAAGCGGAUGCUUGGGCCGAGGUGAAUUGGUUGCUUCCCAGCCUUCAGGAACAACAGUUUGACGAAGAAGACCUCGCCAUCCUGAAAAAGCACUUGGGAAGUUAUCAGUACUCCAUGGCUGUUGGAAUGCUGGGCCGAGGCCUAGUACCUUCAGAACCUAGCAAUAUGGAGUGGGGGUUCAAAGGUUCCGGCGCAGCUCUUGUCAAAUCAGUUCUGUCCUUUGAGGUGAAGUUGGGCGAUGCUCUCAACAAGUUGCCAUCGACCACUGGAGAUUUGUGGCGGGGUGCCUGGCUACCUCCGGAGACACUUGAGACCAUCACCAACGCCUUCGCUCAGGGUUCCAGUGUGAAGUUUCCCUGGUUUCAGUCCACCACCACCGACAAGACACACUCCUACACCUUCAUUCACAGCAAGUGGCAGCCUGCUUAUUGCGCUCCGAACUGUGAGAAGAGAGGCUAUGCCUUCCCUGUCCACUUCCACAUUCAGAGCUGCCUUGCCAAGAAUGUGAUCAAGUUGGCCAAUGAUCCCUUGUGGGAAAUGACUUCUCAUGAGCUGGAGGCAUGGCUCCGUGAGUCGCACACGCUGUCUGAAUGGUACACGAGCCAAUGGGACAACUUUGUGAAAGAUCCUCAACGGCCUCGUGGUCCCUGGCCGGCUCUAGCAGAUCUGGCGCACCAAUGGAUGUGGAAUGGCCCCGUCUUUCUGCUUUGGCAUUCUACAAGGUUCUCAAAUCCAGGGCUUGGCAUCGCAGAAUCCAUGAAUAUCUCAUGGACAGAUCAAUAUGAAUUGACUGAGGUCUUGCGAUCUCGUUUCCGCCUGGGUAGUAUCUCCCAGAUGGGUGGCCAGUCCACAAACGCUGUGCACUAUUUCCACUCGGUGGAGAUGGCGGAUGAAAGACCCUGCGCAAUGUGA